AUGGAACUCAAGCUACUGACCACAUUUCUAUUUCUCGCCAUCAUUACAGUCGCAGCUUCAAGUUCGGGCGGUGUCAGUGCCAGUGCCAGUGUCAGUGCCAACACCCCCAGCUCCGCCGUGCCAGGGACGGCUUUCAAGUUGAAGAUCAGACAUGACGGCAAGGCUCAUGUCCAUCCAAGAUGGAAACAGAGAUCGGAUUCAAAAGCUCAGGGUUUAGAACAACUCCAUCCUCGUCAGGAUGGCACUGGACCGUCAACCCUGAAUUCGGCGGUUGAAGGGCUGGGCGUGCUUCAGAACUCGGAGGUAGGGUCUGCAGCCUUGUCGGCGUCCAGCAGCAGCAGUGGGACUUUGGUGUCGUCGGUGUCAUCAUCGACAUCGUCCUCGUCGUCAGUUCUCAGCAGCAGAAGCAGCGGCAGCGGCAAUGCGCUGACCACGCCGAUAUCAACUACAUCGACGACGGCAUCAACACCGAUACAAGUAUCAGCUUCGGCUUCAGAAUCAGAACCAGUAUCAAUGGGAAUGAUGCCGUCAUAUCAAUUCCCAACCACGAUUCUUCAAAUCCCAGUUGCCACGAUAUGUCCUCCAGAUUCAGACUCUCAAAAAACGUCGGGGUCUGGGUCAACGUCGUCGUCAAGUCUAUCAUGGACUUUGGUGUCGUCGUCGACGUCUGGACCUCUAUCCCCUGAAAUGACUGAUGGAUCAUCAUCUGUAUCUGUUGCGGUUGCGGCUGCGGACAAUACGAAUACAACGAAUACCACUACCGACGCUACUGCUGGGGGUGAUGGCACUGUCAGUGGUACUCCUGCUCCAUCAAUCAUCCAAAUUAACGCUACGGCCAUGUUACCAAAUGGUAGCACUACCGUUUUCUUGUCUACCACUACAACAACUACUACCACUACCCUGCCUUCAUCAUCGUCCGCGUCGGCGUCCCUGUUUUCGGCCGUCAAUACGACUACCAACUCAACCAGCCGGACAAGUCAACAAGAGCCAGAUGCAAGAAUCAUCAUGGACGACCAAGGCUGUCAAACAAUCUACUCCGCCCUGACGACUCGCUACUGUUCCACAACCCUCACGCCGCCCGCCGUAGGGAUGAUGCCGGUCGUGGUGAGCGGAUGUGAUCAGUGGGUGACAUUUUCUAGUGAGAUGAGAAGAGACACGACAUGUUCCACCAUUGGCACUGUGAGUGCUGCUGAUGCUUCAGCACCUGCUACGGCAGCAGCAGCAGCGUCAAGUUCGGCCGGGGCUUCUGCGAGUCCCACAGGUCCAAGUCCAACUUCGAGUCCGACGACGGGAUCGGAAUUAGGGUUGGGAAUGGCAUUCUACGCGGCGCAUUGGUAUGAUUUGGCACAAGUCCAGGAUCAGCAAUCACUCAAGGGGGCGGUUGUUCCAAGCAUCGUCAGGGUUGAGGAAUGUGGUCCAGCAACAGCGACUACUGGUACUACUAAUGGAUCAGAGGUUGAGUCUGCGUCUGAGGGCUCGGAGUCUACGACUAUGAGUGUAUCUGGUUCACCAGAUCCGAUUCCCAUUUUGGCUUCUCAAGACCACAAUCUCAACUGUCUAACAUCCACCGAAUCCUGGCAACUGAUCACUUCGACGACCACGAGGAUAGGAAUAUCAGUCGCGUCGUUUUCUGGGACCGCAAUCAUAACUUCCGCCAACUCAUACAUCGCAACCACGACUUUGUCGUUCGAGUCGACGAUGACCACUACGAGUGUGGGUACGGUCACGUCUAUUGUGAGGAGUCGACUAGUUGCCCCGUCGGAUUCGGCACUGUCAUUGGUAGAUGGUGAUUCUGAAGAAGGGGAGGAAACGGAGACAACGACAAUCGGGGAGGAGAGGACAGUUACUGUCGCUGUGACAAUGCCGACGAGUACGCGGACGAUAUAUUUGGAGUCUAUAACAGUGCCCGGACAGACUGUGACGGUAACGGUGAGGAUGACGGAUACGGUGCAAGUUACUGAGACGAGGACGAGGACGAGUGCUGGGACGACGAGUGUAGAUACUGGGAGUGGGACGGAAAUAGGGACGAGUGCUGGAUCUGCUACUGUGACGAGUGGGAUUGUGGCUUGA